AUGCACUUUGAACGGCCGCUGGCUUCCGACUGCCAAAUCGCCAGGAGGGGACUGCUGCAGCUGGAGCUGCUCUGCCUCUUGCCACUGGCCUGGGGGAAGGCCUUUGAGAAGAUGGAGAAGCAGAGGGGAGUGCUCUUGGGGUAUGUCCCCUGGGAGGAAGAAGAGGAAGGGGAUGAGGAGCAUGGGGAGGCUCCUGCUGCUGCUCCUCCCAGCCAAGGGAGCAGCCUGGAAGAUGUGCAGGUGGAGAUGCUGAAGAAGGCAAGGGAGCUCUUCCAGCUGUGUGACAAGGAUGAGAAGGGCUUUAUCACCAAGGUGGACAUGCAGAGGCUCCAGAGUGAACUGCCCCUGAGCCUUGAGCAGCUGGAGGCUGUGUUUGACAGCUUGGAGCAGAACAACAAUGGAUUCCUGACCCCUGUGGAGUUCAGCAUGGGACUGGAAAAGUUACUAGGGCUGGACCUGGGAGGAGGAGCUGGGGGCAUGGAUCCCCCCAGCCACGAGGAGACCUUUGAGGCAGGCUGGGCAGACGACUUGGAGCCAGCUGAUGAGGAGGAGAAACGCUUCUGCUCCAUGCUGGAGCAGCUGGGAGCAGCCCAGAGGUUUGAGGAGCCGCAGGAGCUGCGGGAGCUGUGGGCUCGGCUGCGCAGGGAGCGCCCGGAGCUGCUGGCCGGCUUUGAGGAGUUCCUGGGGCGUGUGGCCUCCUACAUCCAGGAGGUGAACCGUGAGAGGGAGACGAUGGAACAGGCCUUGAAGAGGAAGGAGUCCGACCACGACCGGGAAGUCAGAUGCCUUUAUGAAGAGAUGGAGCAACAGAUCAAAGCAGAAAGGGAGAGGCUGAUCUGCCAGGAGGCACUGAGGCAGGAGAGGAGCAACCUGCUCCAGAAGGAGCUGCACAGCAAAGAGCAGGAGCUGGAGAAAAUCCUCUACCACCAGAAGAAGCUGGAACAUCAGCUCCAGUCCUUGAACUCGGAGCAGCUGGAGACCCGGGUGCAGAACAAGAGGCUGCAGCACCUCAACCAGAGCCUGCUGGAGGAGCUGGAGAAGAGCAAAUGGGAGCUGGAGGCUGUGAAGGGGCAGCUCCAGAAGCUCCAGAAAGAGGCUCAGGUUGAGCAAGAGCAGAAGGACAGGGAUGUGUUUCGAGUCUCCAGGAACAUGCAGAAGGAGAAGCAGAGCCUGCUCCGGCAGCUGGAGCUGCUCAGGGAGCUGAACAGGAGGCUCCGGGACGAUCGCGACGCCGCCGAGGCCCCCGCGCUGCCGAGGGUGAGACAGAGCCUCCUCGCUGCCAGCCUCCCUCCUGCCGCCUGCCGCUGCUGCUGCCACCGCCCUGGGGCGCUCCACUCCCACGGGGGACAGUGA